AUGGCCAAGAAUCGUGACCCCUCGCAGACAAAAUGGCCUGUGACGCUAGACCACUGCUUUGCGCGGAUCAUUCUUGACAAUACAGUAGGUGGUGGACAGUCACAGUGGGACAAGGUAAUAAAAAAGCCGGCCGUCCGGCAUAUGAGUGGGGAACAGCUUCAACAAGCGAUAUCCUUGGGCGAAGAGAUCAAAGCUGGUGAAGUCGAUCUCUGCCGCCUUGAUGAAAUCAGUCUGCAAUGCAGAGGCAAGAACGUGUCAAAGUACUGGAAGAGCUCGACGACUUCUGUCCAUACAACGCGAGAGGUUGCAGGACUUCCGAAGGGUUCGACGAAGGGACCAAGACCCGACGUAAAUCAUUCUGAAGGGCAAGAAACCGUAAAGAAACCAGCGGCGAAACGACAGUCCACGCUAGAUUUUGGAUUGAAGCCAGACAGAUCACCACCAACGUUGCGCUCUGGGCUUGGCUCCACCAAUAAUGAGAAGCCACAAACCCAAGAUAAGGACGAUAUUGAGUUCCUGAAAAAGACAUUGGAACGCAUUCAGGCCCACCCAAUGCUGACUCCGUAUCGGAAACGACUGUACACCGCUCUCAUGUCGGUCCCCAAGGGAAGUUAUACGACCUAUGCUGCCAUGUCCGACUAUCUCAACUCAUCUGCGCGAGCCGUGGGGAGCGGUAUGCGGAACAACCCAUUCGCGCCAGAUGUUCCAUGUCAUCGGGUCCUGGCCGCAAACGGAAGCAUCGGCGGCUUCAAUGGAGAAUGGGGCAAGGAUGGGAAAUAUGCGAGUAAGAAGAUCGAGCUGUUGAGAAGUGAAGGUGUGAGAUUUGAUGGGAGUGGGAAGGUUGUCGGCGAGCCGUUCCGGAAGCUACACAGUUUUGAGGAUGUAGAUCGUUGA